CAAUCCUUCUCUUGAGAUUAAAGCAAAGGAAUUAGAGAAUGAACUGGAGAAAGUUACGCAAAAUUCAUCAUUUAAGGAUGGGUUAAUUUUUUGUCUCAGGUCCAGGGUAAGUAAUCUGGAAGAUGAACUAGAUCAGAUUGUUUCGCAACCGCAUCAGAUAAUUCAUGAUUCAAAAAUAGGUAGUGCAGAAGCGGACCCAGCCUCAUCAUCCAACGAUUAUAAGCAUGAUGAAGUAGUAGAAGAGAUACCCCAUUUUUCUUCACACUACUCAGAGCACAAACCCGAUGGAAAAGGAAAUUAUGAUAGUAUUUCAGCCGUACCUAUUAUUGCGUUAGGAG